AUGGCCGACGCAGUAGCUGUAUUCUCCGAGGGCACCUUUGAGGAACAGAUCCAAGAGCUGGUUAAUUACCUUGCAAGAGGGCUUGCAGACGACAGCGAACAGCCUAUAUCCGACCAUUUCAAGACGCGUUACUCACUCCCGAGGGACAAACACCCUUAUCACAAGAUGCCGGGCGCAAGAAAAAGGUUAUUGGAUGACUCGGAAAAGGUUGUAGGAUUGGGCGAAGGAAGCGAUCGAGAAAUCGAGGGUUUCUUCAAUCUGCUCAACUCUCAUUUGGUUGCACUUUUUACUGAGACCUCGGAGUUGGAGCCCCAUGUCACUGCUUUGGUGGACGCAGUGCUGGGUGCACCUGAAACAUUUACCGGGAUCAAGUAUCGGGUGCUGUCCAACUUGUUCAAUAGCCUUCCCCGCUCAUCUCCUUUGCGGCAGCAUGUAUACCGGGCAUUACUGAACAUGGCAUCGAAUGAAGGCGAUUUAGAAGUACUCCAAGUUAACCGAACAGAUGUAAACCGAUGGCUCUCCGAGUGGAAUAUCAGCGACCAAGACAAAUCGGCAUUCUUGGACGCAGUUGCGGAGGCGUUCCGCAAGGCCGGAGACAUUGAUACGGCAUACGGGUACCAACUUGCUUACCUCCGCUCGGUUUCUGCUUCGUCUCCAAAAGCACUCGAAGCUUCGACCCGGGUGAUUUCAUCGGCGGUUUCUGAGCCCUCGAUAUUCGAGCUUGGUAGCCUUCUCCGAGUGGAUACCCUUCAGGCUGCCAAAGACCAUCCUCUGUUUGCUCUCCUUAGGGUGUUCACGUCAGGAGAUUUGGCACAGUUCCAUGAAUGGGAGGCCAAGCAUGCAUCUACAUUGUCGGAAUUCGGCAAGUGA